UGCGCGGGUAUGCGCAGUGCUGUGAUGGUGUUCUUUUGUAGGAUGAUGUGGAGUGACAGACUGGCUGUUAUUCUGCUGCUACUGGCUUCGAUGCGUGUAGGCUCUGCAGCCGGCAGCAGGACGUGCAGAUUCCCGGGCGCUCCCGCUCACUCGUCGGUGGUUUUCUCUGAUGACUCGCUGGGGCCAGAGACUGUGGCCACUUACUCCUGUGAACGAGGCUUCGAGCUCCUUGGACCGGCGCGCCGAGUGUGUGGACGUGACGGUCAGUGGACACCCGAGGGCAUUCCGUUCUGUGUUCUGAACGUGGCAGCGGGAAAGGCCCCGAUGCAGAUCAGCUCGGACCUGGGCGGCAUCCCUCAGAAGGCCAUCGACGGCAGCACGAGUUCCUUCUUCAAUGUGGACACAUGCACCCUGACCCGGGCAGAGCGCGUUCCCUGGUGGUACGUGAAUCUGCUGGAGCCGUACAUGGUGCAGCUAGUGAGGCUCGACUUCGGGAGGAAUAUUCCAGCAACAGUAAUGGUGCGAGUAGGCAAUAAUCGACCUGACCUGGGCACCAACCCCAUCUGUAAUCGUUUCACUGGUCAGCUGGAAGAAGGGAAACCUCUGUUCUUGCCCUGCAAUCCACCAAUGCCAGGAGCCUUCGUCAGCGUUCAUUUGGAGGGAGCCAACCUCAGUCAACUCUCCAUCUGUGAAGCUUUCGUAUAUACUGACCAGGCAUUGCCAAUUGAACGCUGCCCUCAGUUUCGGGAUCAGCCACCAGGCAGUACAGCAACAUACAAUGGUAAAUGCUACAUUUUCUACAACCGACAACCACUCAGUUUUAAAGAUUCUCUUGCCUUUUGUCGGAGUCGUGGCGGCACUUUAGUGGACGAGAGCAAUCCUGCACUGCAAGGCUUCAUCAGUUGGGAACUGUGGCGCAGACACAGGAGUGACUCAAACAGCCAAUACUGGAUGGGAGCUGUGCGGGAUCCACAGGACCGUAACAACUGGAAGUGGUUGGGAGGGGAAGAUGUGACAGUUUCUUUCUGGAACUUACCUGGUGGAAAUGAGAACUGUGCCCGCUAUGAUGGCUCUAAAGGCUGGCUUUGGUCAGAUACCAACUGCAAUGCGAAGCUCAACUUCAUUUGCCAGCACCAACCAAAGGCAUGUGGAAAACCUGAACAGCCACCAAAUUCAACAAUGGUGGCCAAGAAUUUUAACGUUGGUGCAGUGAUUGAUUAUACAUGUGAUGAAGGCCACCUUCUUGUGGGACCCGCAUCACGCACAUGCUUGCCAACUGGCUUCUAUAAUGAAUUUCCACCUGUCUGCAAACGUAUCCAGUGUGGUUUCCCUGCUGAGAUACCAAACGGACACUAUCAGCUGCUGAAUGGUACUGUUGGCUACUUGAGUCGAGUCAUUUACUCAUGUGACGAAGGGUAUGAACUAGUUGGCAGAGCACAACUCAUGUGUGACAUUGACGAGAGAUGGAACGGACCGCCCCCUCGAUGUGAAGCUAUUGAAUGUGAUGACCCUCCUACUAUACAAAAUGGAAAAUUCGUUGUUAGCAACAAUUUGACAGUAGUGGGAACCAUGGUUGAAUAUUCAUGCAACUCUCGGAAGUACAAACUUAUUGGUCCCAACAAGAUUAAAUGCCUUCCCAAUGGAGAAUAUGAUGAUAAUCCACCUGUAUGUAAAGAAGACACACAGACAGUGGCUGCAGUGCCAGUCUCUCCUAGCAAGCCCACUCAACCCCAAACACCAUCCACCAAGCCUCGUGAUCCACCAGCUGCACCUACUAGACCCAGCCUACCACCUGCUAGGCCAGGUCCACAGAGCCCUCAUCAGGAGCGUCCUGUCAGGGUGAAACCUUCUAAGAGACCAGCACCAUCAGCAGACAGCAGUCCAGCUGAAUCAGCCCAUGUACCUCAUGUUGUGGUAGCCUCACAUCCACAAAACAAUGAGAUUCCUGAUAGUGUCAAUGUAAGGAGCGGUCUCCCACCAAACGUAAAUGUGGCACAUUCAGUGGAUGAGGAGCGACGUGAAGCAGGGGCCAGACUCAACUUAGGUUGCAUCAUUGCUUCNGGAGUAUUUGGUGGCUUCGUGUUCCUGGCAGCUGUCAUUACAACCAUAGUCAUCUUAAUACGAAGGAACCGCACUACUAAACACUACCGCCACCGUGCUUCCCCAGACUGCAAUACGGUAGCGUCAUUUGACUCGUCAGGCUCAGAGAGUAGAGGAGGACUCAACCGUUACUACCGUCAAGCCUGGGAAAAUCUGCAUCAUGAGUCAGCAGCAGCUGGAAACAAGAACAAAGCCUCAAACCACUCACCUCUUAGGCGCAAGGAAACACUGGAUGAACUGGUGAAUGGAGGUUACCGGAACGUUGGAGGCACAGAACGUGAUGGAAGUGAAUUGGUUGUCAACGACACCACGGCUGCCAUGUAUCUGCCCAAACCCUCAGCUAUAGCUGCUGCCGAGAAGAAGAGGCAUCACCAUCAUCACCAUCAUCAUGCCACUGGUGCCAUGCCAAAAGACACUGCAAUGGACUGGAAGCAACAGGGACGGAAGAGUAGAUACUGAAUUUGGGCCUUAAGAAGUAAUUAUACAGAGACAUCUUGCUGUUGUUGUUGACAUGGUAACAUUCAGUAAGAGAAGUGUUAAAAUGUUUCAACAUAAUGAGUAAGCAGGUCGGAACAUUACUACAAAAAAUUGUAUUGGCUGUUUAUGGUACCUGUAUGAAGUCAGUUCUGAAGUCAACAGAACUCCAGAGCAUAACAUAAAUAUCCAUGUCACAGAUCGGAUGUCUGUAUGCAUAUCUUCAUGAAGUAUAUUGACUGUAGUAGAAGUUACUGACUUGUAUGAUUGGAAGGUAUGUAGCUAUUAAACAGUGUACAGUUUAUUUAACUGUAACCACAGAAGUAAUUAAUGAAAAAAGUUAUGUCUCAAAUUAGUAGCGUGUAGUAUGUAAGUUUUGCAAGGACCUUGGCAAGACUACAGGAUCAUAUCAAAGUGAUGUCUGCCUGUGAUGUGAGUUUGAGUAAGGAUACAGAACUCCUACUGAGAAUGGAUCAGUUUUCUUCUGGCAUUUAAAAUGACGUAAAUUACAUCUAUAAUAUGCAGUACUUCUGUUUUUCUUUAUACUGUGUGUACCAAAUGCUAUAAGAAAAUGGGAGGCUAUUAAAAUAAUUUUGCCUGAUUAUUUAUCUGUUCAAAGUAACAUUUAAACUGAAAUAUUUAUAAUAUAUAACAAAUUUGUUCAUGUAUGCACAGUCUAAUGCGAAAUAACAGGUACUUGAACACUGUCAGAACAAUUAUUUUUAUUCAUUUUAACACUUCAAAAUUUUAAAUAAACCAUGAACAUCGUUGCAAAGGAUUUAUAACAUUAAGAAGAGUAUAACAGUAAUGCCACAGAAGACAGGAAAUCAACAUAAAACUGAGGAGAGGAAAAGAAGACUACAAGACAGAACUGAGUUGGUCAAAAUUCACAUAUGCUGGAAAUCAGAUCAGGGCAAUCAAAAAGAUAUGCAAAAACACCAACAGAAAACUAGUGUAUACAGUAAACAACAACCCACAGAAAAUUUCUGCAAUACAGGAGGAGGAUGAAUACAAACAAAAUGGAAUACAUAAACUUAAAUAUAAUCAAUGUCAUGAAGUGUAUAUAGGAUAAAUUGGAAGAAAUUUCAAAGCGAGGCACAAAGAAAAAAUUUACAUCUUACACAAGGACAACAUUAAGUAUGCAAAACACAUCCUGGACAUACAAUAUGAAUACAGAACAACUGAUGACGCUCUGGAACUUUUGAAGAUGACACCAAAAUUAACGUGGAUAUCUGGGAACAAUAAUACAUGUAGGAAUUUAAUAAGGUAGGAUUAUCCAUUAAGAACAAUAUACAAAUUAAAACAAUGUACUUUUCAAACUUGCACUAAAUAAUAGAUAAAUAUUAAUAGGAAAGGGGAGGAGGAUAUUACAUAUAUUCUCUCUCUCUACACACACACACACAAAUAUGUGUGUCGAGUACAACUGAAGCUUUGACAUAAAAAAUACACAGAUGGUUCGCAUCAUACAAGUGGCAGCGGUUGAGAAGUACAAUGUAAGCAGCAUUGAAUGUGGGUAACAAGCUGAAAUGCAUCAGCUAGUGAAAUUUAACAGAAAUUGAUCUGAAAAGGGCAGAGGGUCAUCUCAAAGUAGUAACCUUGAGAGGGUCACAUACCACAUUGAUUUUUGAAAGUUUUUUUCUUCUUCAUAUUUUUAGCGGUAGUACAAAACUCCAUGGUUGAAGCCCAGACAUAUGCACUUUCAAUUCACUACCAUUACAAUUAUCUCUUCAGACAUAUCUUAGGUAUUAAAGUACAAAUGUACUGCUUCAGCAGGAUGUUAACUUCCUGUCAUAUGCUGAAGUCACAAACUAAUUAAAACUCAACUUCACUGUUAACAUUAAGCACCAUCUGACAAUUCUAACUUCUCAUACACUAAAAUGGUUUUUAAAUCUCUCAUAUAUAUUAAGAUGUUUACUUGAAGGAACAAUUGUUUUUGUUUACUGCCAUCAGAAACCAGACAUAUAUACUACAAUUUUAAACUGGACAACGAAAUUUAUCUUUAAUUUAAUGUUCUUUCCAUAUACUUCCUGUCCUUCUUGAUACCAGCUCCUUUUGGUUUUGUUCAUGGAGUUAACAAUAUGUUCUUUAAAUAUCCCUAAGAUUGAAAUAUAUAUGUCUGAAAAGAGUAGUAGAUUAUGAAGAAAGCAGUCUUCUGGGAUUUGGCACCAUGUAUAUGUGGUGUUAACCGACGUU